CCUUAAGUAACUUGUCCAUGUUAUAUGCCUUUGGAAUUGAGACUAACAACAUUAAGGGAAGCAUUCCAAGAGAAUUAGGGCUUCUCCCGAAUCUUAUAAUAUUGGAUGUCGGAGAUAACCCUCUCACGGGUGCAAUACCCAACUCAAUUUUCAACAUGUCUUCUCUACAAGAAAUCUACAUGGCAAAUUGCUCCUUGUCUGGAAAUCUUCCAUUAGAUGCUGGGCUAUCUUGCCCUAAUCUUGAAUAUCUAAUCCUAAAUACCAACGAACUCAAUGGUCGUAUCUCAUCUUCUCUUUCAAAUUGUUCCCAGCUCGUCGCAGUAGAUUUUAUUGAAAACUUACUCUCAGGACCAAUUCCCGCAAGUCUUGGAAACAUGAAGUACCUCCAAAAACUUUUUUUGAGUUUAAACCAGCUAACAGGGGAGCCUAGUUUAUUAUCAUCUUUAUUUAAUUCAACAUCUUUGGAGGUGGUGCGUAUAGGCGGCAAUCCAUUGGAUAUUAGCCUUCCAUAUUCCAUUGGAAAUACUUCAGCUUCACUUCAAACCCUUAUUGCAUCUCUUUGCCAAAUAAAAGGUCAUAUUCCUAUGGGAAUCAGUUCCUUGACAGGCUUGAUCAACCUUGAUUUGAGCAAUAACUAUUUGAUCGGGAACAUGCCAUCUUCAUUUGGGAGAUUGGGGAAGCUACAAAGAUUGGAUGUUAGUAAUAAUGGGAUUGAAGGAUUCAUUCCAGAAAAUUUAUGUCAGUUAGAGAAUUUGGGAGCGUUGGAUUUCUCAAAUAAUAAAAUCUCUGGAUCCAUUCCAGAUUGCAUUUCAAACCUCACUUUUCUACGGAGGCUAUACCUUGGUUCUAACAAAUUGAAAUCAUCAAUACCAUUAAAUGUAUGGCUUUUGGAAAGCCUGUUGUUUCUGGAUCUAUCAUCGAAUUCCCUUGGUGGAUAUCUGCCUCCGAAUAUGAAACAGGCAGAAACUAUUGAACAUAUAGAUUUAUCACGAAACCAGAUUACCGGUAACAUUCCAAGCAUCAUUGGAGCAUUCGAAAGCCUGUGAUAUCUUGACUUGUCGAAUAAUUCAUUUCAAGGAGCCAUUCCACAAUCUCUUGGAGACUUGAAAGGUUUGGAUGUCUUAAAUCUCUCUUACAACAAUCUAUCCGGACCGAUUCCCAAGUCCUUUGAGGCACUUUCACUUCUUCGAUACUUGAAUUUAUCUUUCAACCAACUAUCAGGAGAGAUUCCAUUUGGUGGGCCUUUUGUGAACUUUACAAUGGAAUCGUUUUCAGGCAAUAUUGCACUUUGUGGGAAUUUAACUUUUGGAGUUCAAUCUUGUCCAAGCCCAAGCUCACAAGGAUCAGGGGUGAAACAAACUUUGCUGAAAUAUAUUAUUCCUAUAGUUGCAUCAUUAAUCCUUAUCUUUGUGGUGCUGUUUUAUAUGUUGAGAGGUCGUCGAGAAAAUAACAAGGCACAGGUUCCAAGUGUAGCUAAAGCAUUGCCUUCUUUGGAGUACAAAAUGAUAUCAUAUCAAGAGAUCUGUCGAGGGACAAAUAACUUCUCUGAAAGCAACUUACUCGGAACUGGAGGUUUUGGUUAUGUGUAUAAAGGAAUACUAUCUGAUGGAACCAUCGUUGCAGUCAAAGUUCUAAAUUUACAAUUGGCAUAUGCUUUCAAAAGUUUUGAUGUAGAAUGCAAGGUGUUACGCACUAUCCGACAUAGGAAUCUUGUUAAAGUCGUAAGUACAUGCUCUAACCCUGAGUUCAGGGCUUUGGUGUUGCAAUACAUGUCGAAUGGCAGCCUUGAAAGAUGGUUGUACUCAAACAACUACUGCUUGAAUCUUUUCCAAAGAAUAAACAUCAUGCUCGACGUUGCAUCAGCAUUGGACUACCUUCACAACGGUCAAUCAGAACCUGUGGUGCAUUGUGAUUUGAAGCCUAGUAAUAUCCUUUUGGGGGAGGAGAUGGUUGCACAUGUGGGUGACUUUGGCAUUGCAAAGAUUCUAGCCAAACACAAAGACGCGACACAAACAAGAACUCUUGGUACGCUUGGCUAUAUUGCACCAGAAUAUGGAUCUGAAGGAAAAGUGUCUAUCAAAGCUGAUGUUUACAGUUAUGGUAUAAUAUUGUUGGAGAUGAUCACAAGAAAGAAACCCACGGAUGACAUGUUUGCUGAAGAAUUGACUUUGAGGAAGUGGAUGAAUGCAUCAUUUCCGACCAAAAUUACAGAAGUUGUGGAUGAUGGUUUGUUAAAGAUAGAAGGAGGAAGAGACAUGAUUGCCUUGCAAACCAUAUUUUCGUCUCUUGUGGAAUUGGGCUUGAGGUGUUCUGAAGAGUUACCAAAUGAAAGAAUCGAUAUCAAAGAUGUGGUUGUCAAGCUUAACAAAAUCAAAUUGACACUUUUUGAAAACAGCAAUACGCCUAUUUGAUCAUCUUUAGUUGGGGUUUGAGGAAAUAUGCAACUAGUUUUAGUAAUUC